AUGGGAAGUGGAACCUCAACCCAACACCAUUUUGCUUUCCAGAAUGCAGAGAAAGCUUUCAAGGCAGCGGCCCUAAUCCAGAAAUGGUACCGCCGCUACAUGGCACGCCUGGAGAUGAGGCGGCAGUGCACCUGGAGCAUCUUCCAGUCUAUAGAGUAUGCUGGGCAGCAAGACCAAGUCAAGCUCCAUGAUUUCUUCAGCUACCUUGUGGAUCACUUCACGCCCAGCAGUCACAAUGAGCGGGACUUCCUGAACCGCAUGUUUACUGAGGGAGUUCGCCGGGGCUCUGAGAUGGAGAAAUUCAGUGACUAUGAAUCCAUAGAGGUGCCAGACAAUUACACAGGGCCACGCCUCUCCUUCCCACUCCUUCCUGACCAUGCAACUGCCCUGGUGGAAGCUUUCAGACUGAAGCAACAGCUCCAUGCUCGCUAUGUCUUGAAUCUUUUGCAUGAGACUAGGAAACACCUGGUACAACUGCCGAACAUCAACCGGCUGUCGACCUGUUACAGCGAGGAGAUCACAGUGUGUGGAGAUUUACAUGGCCAGUUAGAUGACUUGAUAUUUAUAUUUUAUAAGAAUGGCCUCCCAUCCCCAGAGAGGGCCUACGUGUUCAAUGGUGACUUUGUCGAUAGAGGCAAGGAUUCAGUAGAGAUCCUGAUGGUUCUUUUUGCCUUCAUGUUGGUUUACCCAAAAGAGUUCCAUCUUAACCGAGGAAACCACGAGGACCAUAUGGUGAACUUACGAUAUGGCUUCACCAAGGAAGUGAUGCAUAAAUAUAAGACACAUGGCAAGAAAAUACUAAAAAUACUGCAAGAUGUUUUCUGUUGGCUUCCACUGGCCACUCUGGUUGAUGAGAAAGUCCUGAUUCUUCAUGGUGGAGUGUCAGACAUGACUGACCUGGAGCUUUUGUCUAAACUAGACAGGCACAAGAUUGUUUCCACCUUGAGGUGCAAAACGAGAAAGGAGAACGGGAAGCAGGCGGAGGAGAAAGGAAAAGCCAACCAGACGAGCUCCGAAGGAAGACCCUCCCCGUGGUUUCUCCCCCAGAGCCGCUCCCUUCCCUCGUCACCCCUUCGCCUCAGCUCCCACAAGGCGCAGAAAGCCGGCCGCUCCUCCAGCGUUCCCUGCGGCAGCCUGCUGGAGCCCAGAGAGCUCUCCCGCAAGGUGCGGCGCUCGGUGGACCUGGAGCUGGAGAGAUGCCGGCAGAAAGCAGGUUUCACCGUGAUCAAGGAGAAGGAGGAGCCCUGGACCUUGGCGCCAGAGGCGGACUCGGCGGAAGCUGAGGAGCUGCUGGAGCCCACUCUGGAGGAGUGGAGGCAGGUUGUCGAUAUACUGUGGAGUGAUCCCAUGGCUCAGGAGGGCUGCAAGGCCAACACCGUUCGAGGAGGAGGCUGUUAUUUUGGGCCAAAUGUGACAGAACAGUUGCUACAGAAAUACAACCUGCAAUUCCUGAUCCGCUCACAUGAGUGCAAACCUGAAGGCUAUGAAUUCUGCCACAGCCGCAAGGUGUUAACCAUCUUUUCUGCCUCCAACUACUAUGAAGUUGGCAGUAAUAGAGGGGCCUAUGUCAAACUGGGGCCAGCCCUGACCCCACACAUUGUGCAGUAUCAAGCUAACAAGGCGACCCACAUGCUAACCAUGAGGCAAAGGAUUAGCAGAGUAGAGGAGUCAGCUCUAAGAGCUCUGCGGGAAAAGUUAUUUGCUCAUUCCUCAGAUCUUCUUGAUGAAUUUAAGAAGCAUGAUAAAGAAAAAACUGGUUUAAUCACCUUCAGUGACUGGGCGGCAGCUGUGGAGUCUACGUUGCAUCUAGGACUGCCAUGGCGGAUGCUGCGGCCACAGCUCGUGAACAGAUCAACAGAUAACAUGCUAGAAUACAAGUCCUGGCUGGCGGACUUGGCCAAAGAACAACUAAGCCAUGAGAACAUACAGUCAAGUUUGCUAGAAACGCUGUAUUGAAAUCGAUCCAACCUGGAGACCAUUUUUAGGAUCAUAGACAGUGAUCAUUCAGGGUUCAUCUCACUGGAUGAGUUCAGGCAGACUUGGAAGCUGUUCAGCUCUCACAUGAAGAUUGACAUUACAGAUGACUGCAUCUGUGACCUUGCCCGGAGCAUUGACUUCAACAAAGAUGGCCACAUCGAUAUCAAUGAGUUCCUGGAGGCCUUCCGCCUUGUGGAGCAAUCCUGCUCAGAGGGCAAUGCCGCAGAUUGCCCACAAACCACAAGCACCGAUGACAGUGGUUCCAGCAAGCCAGGUGCACACUAA